AUGAGCGUAUCUUCUCGGUGGUCAUUUCUUAUCUUUGGUUUCACUCUCCUGGCUUUCGUUGUCGAAAGCGAGCUGACUCAACAUCUUCAAACAACGCUAGAGUAUAGACAACCCUUCUUCACUUUUUACCUUGUUCACUCUGCAUUCGCUAUCAUCUUCCCACUACACCUACUCUAUCUGCAAGCGACUACGAAAUACACUAUUAACGCGUUAUGGAACGGUCUAAUUCUUGCACUUAAGAAUCAUAUUACGCCUGGAACAGCACACGGCUUUCCUAGAUCGCGGUUCCUCUUGAUGAUUGGACUGUUGACUUGCGGCAUAAGUUUUCCAGGCUUGCUGUGGUUCGCGGCCAUCUCCUUAGCAAGCGUUAGCGAUGUCACAGGUACAUUCCUCUCCCUCGUUUACGCUCCAGAUAUUCAAUUAACCCCAGCGAUAUGGAAUGCAAAUGCCUUUUUUGCCUAUCUGAUGACGUUCAAGGGCCGAUGGGAGCCUCGGAGACUUUUUGCAGUUUCAAUUGCGACCAUUGGCGUAUUGGUUGUCGUUUAUGGUGGCAGCACAUCCACUGUCGACGUGACCGAGAAGCGUUCUUCCAAACCUUCAGCCCCACUUGUCGGAGAUCUGCUGACAUUAGUCGCCUCAGUCGGCUAUGCUCUCUACCAGGUUCUCUACAAGAAGUACGCAGCACUAUCAAGUGACCCCGAAGUUAUGGCUGAUAGGGCCUAUGAGCAUCUCCCCACCAGCGAGGAUGUUCCAGUCCCGGUCAAUCUCGAUCCUGCCGAAGCCAUCUACCCUCCUCCGUUUGGCCUACAUCCCAAUCUGCUGACCUCCGCUAUUGGGGUGUGCACAUUCUCGGUGUUCUGGAUCUUUAUUCCGAUUCUCCAUUACUUGGACAUCGAGCGAUUUGUCUUACCGAACACCUUUCCUAUCAUUUUCACUAUUUUUGGUAUCUCCCUCAGCGGCGUGAUUUUCAAUGCUGGGUUCAUGGUAUUACUCGGCGUUUGGGGACCGAUUAUCACUUCGGUCGGGAAUCUCUUGACCAUCGUGCUUGUGUUCGUCUCUGAUAUCUUAUUCGGAGCUGGCGUAGAGGCAGUUACUUUUGGCGGAGUUGGUGGGUGCGCGUUGAUCGUAGUGGCAUUUGGGGUACUCGUUUUUGACAUGCUAGACAAGACUCGUCCCAUUAGAUGA